CAGGGGAACGCGCGAAUCGCGAGCCCACGCGUAACAUUUUCGCCGUUAGCCGACCCGUCGCCGAUGUGGUUGUUCUUCAGUUGGUCUGGUCAGUCACGUCUGUGAACUUCUCUGCGAGCCUGCACUAGCCGGGUUGGAAUCUAACCUAACUCUCGAGGCGAGUCGCACCUUCAGGAACUAGACCGACGUGAGCGAUGCUCAAACGGAAAGAACCUGGCUGAAGCGGGUGCGAACGACUUGUAUCUACGUCAAGGUCUUGCGGAUUUCGACACUGCUCCUCGUACGUACAUCGUACAGUCAGAACAAGGAACACUACAUCCUUACUACCACCAAUCCUUUCCCGUUAUGAAUUUGAGUUUUUGCAACGCCUGAAGAUGGAGCGGUUCCAUUGACAAUAAUGAUGCCUCCACCGUCAAGUCGGCACGCAGACAUACCCGAAAGACACUCAUCAUACCCGUACUCGUACGGAUACUAGGACGAGUAUUCUGACCGUGAUGACGGGAACAAAGGAUGGACUUUCCGCCCGUGAUUGGCGGGGUGAUAUCACUUAUUUUGUUGCCUCCAACUCCAAUGUUGCACAAUCAACUGAAAACUGUUCCAUGCAACGCCCACAUAGAAAUUAUCCUCAUGGUGGACUCGAAGGAUUGCUUCGCCCUGUUCGAGGCCCAUCUUCCGGCAAGAUGUGUGCCGUUGUCGGACCAAGCAAGUCUGCAAGAAUUGCCAUGCAACUCUUGCUGAAGAUCAUCAGGAUCUUCUCGGUUGUCCCGUGUUCCCCAAGCCGACGGAUUAUUUCGUCCAACAACAUGCUUGCCCAAAACCAUGGUUGGGCCCUCUAGACCAUCAGCGGAUGCGGCGUCCAUUCCGUCACACUAUGCUCUGUGAAGGAAUUCAGGGCUGAUAGACUCGCUCAAAAGGUGUGCCCCCUUGCCGAUCCUCUAACAGUCGCGGUGGACCAAGCCUUCAUCAACGGCCUCAUGGUCCACAACUGCUUGCCUAAAUGGUUUCCUUGGACCCCAGCUAGUCUUGUUCAGGUCGCUGAUCACUUUGAGGAGGGGAAGAGAAAUAUCGAUGCUUUCGGAUGGCUGGAACGGCAGCCUCGGUAGCUACCAUAACUAUUGUACACAGCAUCCAGCAGGGGAGAGAAAAGCCAUCUAUCCUGACUACGGGAGUGGCUAUCGUGGUGUGAAACUGUCGUUAACUCUACCAAGACUCCAGGUUUCAAAGCAAUCAAGCAUAGUGUUCAUUUUGGAGGCACCCAGAGGUGACGGAGUGCUAGC